AAGAAAAAAAGUUCCCGCAACGCCAAAUGUUCUCAUCUCUUGCAUCCACGUACUCACUUGCACGUGAGAUAUUCGGGAUUGUUUGAGUUGAGUUGAGCGUCGGGGUCAGUGAUAAUGUCAACUCUGGAGAAGGGUUCGGCGCCGACGUCGUGGACGUCGCGUUUCGCGUUUGCUCGUAGCAAGAAGGUGAUUGCAGGAUUUGCAGCCUUGACGGGUAUCUUGAUCGCAGUAAUUGUGAUCAUCGCCUUUGCAGCCACGGGAAAGCUUCAUACAGGCGGCUCAUCCACCAGCGCCAUGGCCGAAGGACAGUCAAUUGGCACUACCACUUCACCUCUGUCAACCACAAGAACGGCAGCGGCUGGCAAUCUCGCAACUACCGAUUCGAAAGUCGAGUCCACCCAAGUGUCUAUCACAGCUUCAUCCACAGCCGAACAAUCCAAUGAGCCGUCUUCCACUUCCACUGUCGGUGCAUCGUCUGUUGGUUCCAAUGACGUUCCAUUGAGGAUCAUGGCCCUAGGCGCUUCCAUCGUGAAGGGUGAAACUUCUCCCGGCUACCUAGGUUUUCGCAAGCCAAUGCGUGACGAGCUGGCUGAUUCUGGAUUCACGGUCAAUAUGGUGGGCUCAGUACGUCUCGGGGACUUUGUCGACAACGACGUGGAGGCAUACGGAGGAAAGAAGAUCACAGAGAUGCACGACUACGCUAAGAAGGCCGUGCCUCGACUCCUGCCCAACGUAUUCGUCAUUAACCUGGGGACCAACAACCUCCUGCAGAACAAGGAUACCGACAAAGUGGGCCAGCAGAUGGAGGAUAUGAUCAACUACUUGUUGACGGCCUCGGAGCAGUCGACAGUCAUACUGAGCACGAUGUUGACUAACAAAGUUCCUAAUAUGGAGCCAACGGUCUUGAAGAUGAACCAACAGUAUCGAGACAUCAUGAAGAACUUCGAGGCAGACGGAAAGCCGGUCAUACUGGCCGAGAUGCAUCCUAGCGACGGUGGCUCUGGGGUUCCUACGAUCAGUGAUAUUGGACCCGAUGGUUCGCAUCCCACCGUUGAAGGCUACGAGAAGAUGGGACACAUUUUUGUCCAGGCAAUCCAGAGCGCCGCGGAGGAUGGCCUGUUACGCAAACCUGCCGAUAACGGAACCCCGGACGAUGGAGAGGCUGAGAGGAACGGAUCUGCUAAGAGCUGAGGAGUGCUCGUAUUAGCUGUCAAUCCAACAAAGAAAGACCGUCAAAACUAUAGAGCCCAGGCCUAGUCAUUCAGGCAAUCAGCUUCACCUCGUUUUAGCUAGAGAGGGUUGAUUCGAGUGAGAC